AUGGACCGUACCGUUCAUCUCGUUGUAAGUGACCUCUACGACCUGGAAGUUGACAGAGGUGCUCGAUUUGCAGUAGCGUUUGGUGUCGUUUUCUACGACAUACCACGCCUUGGCAUCCUGGUCGAACGCCGCGUUUUGCGGCAUGAACAGCGAUAUCAGCUUGAUGUCGCUGAAGAAUCCGAGCGACACCUCUAUCCCCGCGGAGUCGGAGCCCACGACGGUGCCGCUCAGCAGCUCGCCGACCUCCGGCGCGAAGACUAG